GGUUCCUCAUACAUGACGUUUUGUCAUUGGAAACAAGGAAGUGAAAAGCUAUGCCGUGCGUUUGUCGUAUCAUGCCGAGAAUUAAGCCGGUAUGGAAGUUGCAUUAGUUCGAUACUACAUAUAGUAUGUGUACGCUCGUUAUCUAGACGAUAGUCGUUAGGUUUAGACAUCGGUUACCUUUUAUAUUAACUGUUAACUAAUGGUUUGAAAUUGGCAACCAAGCAUUCAAUUUAAUUUAGUAAACGGCUAGUAUUAGCCAUGUCAUUCAGCGAGAAAGGAAGUGGCAACGCACAGGCGAUUGAAAAUUCCGAUGACCCGCCACACUGCCGAAAUGGACGUCAGUCGGAUUUUCUCAGUCAUCAGGAUGGAGAACUGCCGCUGUCUGUCCCAACAGGGCUUCCACUCCAGCAGCAGCGAAAACUUAUCCUUCACGUCGACCUCAACAGCACUAUCUUGGUGUCUGACGCUGUGACCAAGCAAGGAACCAUAACGACUUUAGAAUCUUUUCUUUCUACUGUAACUUGGGGACGAGUGACCAAACAAGGGAAAUGGGUGUGGAUGAGUGACUCACCCUCCCUGCUGCCACCAUGUGAGGGUGCUGUGAGUUAUUACUCCAAGUUUGGUAGAGUUGCAGGCUUCACAAGCACCCCAGCUGGUCUUAAAUUCAAGGGAGUGCUUGAGGAACACUUGGCGAUGUUACGAUGGCCCGCGGGGCAGGAGGAGGACCGGGAGCUGUCAGUGCGGGGGGAGGACGGACAGCUGUACCACUGGAUCCUGCCCUCCUUCUUCCAGCUGCUGCAGGACCUGGUGGCGCAGGGAACGGAGUUUGCCAUCAUUUUCCGCACCUUUGGGACAGAUUUACCCCACGUGCUGGGCACCAUGCGCCACGUCCUCACCCAGGGCUCCCACCCACUGUUUCCCAACCUUCCCACACUCAAGCUGAGCGUGAACGAGACCCCCGGGCGGAUCCGCUGCAGUAAGAAGGGGACCGUCCUGACUCGGGCGGACGAGCGCGUGUCGUCCCGGGAUGGAGAGAGAGGCCUGUACCAGUUUUUCAGCUCUGCCCAGGGCUUGGGGGGAUUCCAAGACCACUUUGACUGGUGGGCCCACAACACCUUCUCCAUUCUGGGAGGGAAACCUCUUUGGGUUGACCCCUUCGACCCCAUGGUGCAACACAUCUUCAUUGAUGACAACAUCCGUCAGAAUGACGAGGACACCAUUGUCCAUCCAAAGGUGUUCUUGGACCCAGAUGGUACGCAGACACGCACAGCCUCUACCUCAGAGCUCUAUGACAUUUGUCUGGUGCAGAAUGACCUCCUCAAGGCCAUCUCAGACCUGAGCUACUUCACUAAGCGUGUGCGGAUCUGCCAGGAGAACUACGAAAGGAACCUCCUGCAGGGGGCGGACUAGAGCCCAGCUCUUCAAAGCCACAGGAAUCAUGCUUUUUUCGGUUCAUACCUCAACAACACCAUGUUGUUGUAGAUUUGUUACAACCAUUUUAUCAUAUCAGUUAGAUCAACUAAUCACGUUCGUAAGCAUUGUUUGUAAAAAUUAAAGGAACUGCUGCUGUCUUCACAGGAGAAUUUCUCAUUUGAAACCCCUUGUAUCCAGCUUGGCUGGCCUGCUCUUCUCCAGUCCAAUAGGUCAGUACACCUUGGUAUGAUAACAAGGUGGUUAGACUGCUACCUGGCUGAAAUGAAGUCUCUGUACAGAUGGCUUGCAGACUGUCUGCCCUCUAAGUAAUGCACUUAUUGCUGCCACUAGGAGAUAAUGCCUCCUUCUUAAGUUCAGGCUCAUUCCACCUGGAGGUGUUCAGACAGGUCAAUGCAAGCUUAGCUCCUGUGACAGUUAUUCUCAGGGCAUUGGUCAUAUUAAUGGCAAUUGCGAAUGGAAGGAUGUAUGUCUAGUGUUUAAAAAAUAUUUUAAGUUUAAAAUGUUUACAUACAGAAUGUGCUCAUUGUGGUGAGUCAGUUUCUGAACGCAUGUUCUUGAACUUCUUGUUUUGUCCACGUUAUGGAUUUAUUUAUUUAUAUAUUUUUUGUAAGUGUUCCAUCAGAAAUAUCUUACCAUUCUACAAGAUUUAAAGAUUGACUUCUCGACGUCCUUCUUUCGAUUCAGUAUAACCGCCACUGGUCUCACUGUGUCGGCAGAUAUCAGGAGUCACGCUGACCAGCAUCUUCAAAUUGAUCUGUGCUGACAUUUAAGCAGAAUGUUCUCAGAGGAAUCCUGUAUAUACAAUUAAAGAACCAAAUGUAUCAUUAACAUCAAUACUUUAUUUUAAAGCUUAGUAGUAUGUGAGUAUAUAUUUUAGCUUGGCCAUGCUGUUAUAUAAUUGGUAGAUGGCUGUGAAAUUAUAAUAUUUUUUUCUUUAAAGGCAAACUUCACUCUGUCGCUGCAUUUUAUUGACUUACGUUAUGGUUUUAUAGCUAUCUUGCCACAUUCUGCAUCUAAAACACAACUCUGCUAUGCAUCGCUAAUACAUUGCCCAUUAUUCCUUAUGUGUUUUUAUUAUGCAUGGGUUGGACUUCACUGGGUGGUGGGGUGAGAGGACAUGUAAAUAAACUACCUUUUCCUCA